AAGCAAAUGACCCUACAAACUACGCUUCAACACUGGUGUUUGAUGGACUUUACUAUCUGAAUCAUCACCCAGACGUGGUCAGUUUAGGUAUCCACACUCUCGAGCAGGCCAAGAACCAUUGGCUCACUAAGGGAAUCGACGAGGGGCGGCAGGCUAUAGGAAGUUUUCAUGUAAAACAGUACCUGAGACGAUACCAUGAUCUAGCCAACGCUUUUGGAACAAAUUAUCGUCAAGCAAUUCAGCAUUACAUUCACCAUAGCAGCACUGAACACCGCGUCGGUUACUUGGAAGGGGGGUUUGGGGGAACUUGGACCAUUUCUGCUCAUGGGAUUUACAUCGGUGCCUCUGCUAGAAUGGGCGGAGCUAUAGAUAGUUUAACGUGGAACAACCGAGAGCUGGUGAAUUCAUACGAUCAUGGUCGAGAAUUACAGAUGGCCUGUAACAGCAAUACGUAUGCUGAAUGUUACAAUCCAACGGAAGCGGGGGGCAGAGAUGAUUCCGACCAUACCAAAACAUACAUCCAAUGGAUUAGAGCGCAUGGAAACAUACUAGAAUCGGAGGUCCAUCCAGCCUUUUGGUUGCGUCCUGGAGCCCACGAAACCCGGGACACGACAAUAAAUGGCUGCACACGAGGUUCAGCGGCUUUGAACCAUCAAAUGACAUACAAGUAUCCCUUCCAUAAAAAGGUUACCAUUGGUACCCAUGGGAUCGACAACUGCAUUGAAUACGUGUCAAAUUUCACUAUCGGAGGAGACUGGCCCGCUGAUUUAAAGUUCAUUCAGAUGGAAGCCCCAGCAGGGUAUAUGGCUGGAGAUUUCAAUCAGAUUUACUAUUUUAAUCCCAAAACUGUUUCCAUGGAAAUACACAAAACGGACAAUCACCCGGUAGUUUUAUCGACACACGACAACCUGAACGCUGUGGGGGUUUACACACCACCUGGCCAAGACAGUGAUAUCCCGGUUAAAUAUGGUGCCCAUGUCUUUCGCCUUGGAACCUUCGACAAUGACACAGGAAAAUGGAAUGUCGUGUAUAGAAAAUAUCGUACCCAUGGUAACCAACCGGUCCAGUAUGUGUACAAGACAUAUAUUUGUGUUGGGUCAUUGGGAAUCGUUUCGAACUGUCUACAUAAAAUCAUGCAAAUGAUAUAGCUAAAUUAUAUUACAUCAAUUGUUCAAUGUCAUAUGACUAAUUUGACAAAUUUUGUUUGUUGAAAACAUCAACUUGAAGGUUUCUUCAGCGUCAAUUCUUAUGCAAUGGCAAUUUGAACUUAUUAAAUCAAUGAAAGACAAAUAAUUGUGUAUAAAUAUCAAUAAUUUAAUAAUCAACAGAUAACAAAGGCAUAAUGGCAUAAUAAAUAGA